AUGGACAAUGAAAGAUUUCGAUUGUCGUACACCUACAGAGGUCUCAUUGUUCCCGUAUUAACCCCUUUCAGUAAAAAUGGAUCUCUUAAUUUGAACAUUAUACCACAAUAUGCGACAUAUCUAGCAAAGAAAGGAAUCAAAGGUAUACUUGUUAAUGGCACAAAUGGUGAAGGAAUGUCAAUGUCUGUUGCCGAAAGAAAACUUGUUGCCGACGCCUGGGUAAAGGCAGCGAAUGAAACAAAACAACACUUGAUGGUUCAAGUAGGAGGUGCUCCUUUUCCCGAUGUUAUUGAACUUGCAAAACACGCAAGUAGUUUGAACGUGGAUUCUAUACUCUGCUUACCAGAAUUGUACUUCAAACCUACUACUCCUGAACAACUAAUUGAAUACUUGCAAACAAUUGGCAAGGCAGCGCCAAAGACACCGUUACUAUACUAUCAUAUUCCUAUGAUGACUAAUGUUAACAUACACAUGGAACAAUUCCUUGCAUCAAUUGGUGAUAGAAUACCCUCAUUCGUGGGUAUAAAAUUCACUAGCUUCAAUUUAGAGGAAGGAGCUCAAGCGCUACGUGCUGAUAAUAAAAAAUAUAUUAUUUUCCUUGGCAACAAUCAGUUAAUAAAUGCCGCAUAUGCAUUGGGAAUGAAGUCUUUCAUAUUAAGCACCUUAAACAUGUUUCCGGAACUUGUAUUGGAUCUUCUUGCUGUUUGCAAGAAUGGAGAUAUGUUAAAAGCUAAAGAUAUGCAAGAAAAGCUUUCAAGUUCUGUAGCUGCUAUAAUGAAACAUGGUAAUCGAAUCCAAGCUACAAAAAUAGCAAUGGCUCUUCUUACUGACAUUGAUGCAGGGCUAUCUCGUACACCACCUAAUUCUAUUUCUUCUAAGAUUGUAACAACUAUGAUAAAAGAUUUGACAAACUUAGGAUAUCAACCAAAAAUUAAAUAUUACUGAGAAUAUUUUCCUUUUCCAACUUAUCUUGUUUGUAUAACAUAUUGUAUUAUGUAGUAUAUUGUAUUAUAUCAUCUCUGGUUUUCCAAUAAAUUAUCUAAUUAUAAACAUAAA